AUGUCGUUGCUCAGCCCGGCGCCCAGCAGCACAGACGCCUGCCUCAGCAUCGUCCACAGCCUGAUGUGCCAUCGGCAGGGCGGUGAGAACGAGGGCUUCGCCAAGAGAGCCAUCGAGAGCCUGGUGAAGAAGCUGAAGGAGAAGAAGGACGAGCUGGACUCGCUCAUCACUGCCGUCACCACCAACGGAGUUCAUCCCUGCAAGUGUGUGACCAUCCAGAGGACGCUGGACGGGCGGCUGCAGGUAGCGGGGAGGAAAGGUUUCCCUCAUGUGAUCUACGCCCGUCUGUGGCGCUGGCCUGACCUCCACAAGAACGAACUCAAACAUGUGAAGUUCUGUCAGUUUGCGUUCGACCUGAAGUACGACAGCGUGUGUGUGAACCCGUACCACUACGAGAGGGUGGCGUCCCCCUCCCCCGCCCUCACAGGUCCUCAGUCUCUAAUAAAGGAGGAGUUCAUGCAGGACUGUCUGCAGAUCGACCUGCCCCCCCACUCUGACCCGUACACCCACCCCAUCUAUCCCAGCAUGCCUCUGUCUCCUCCAGGCAGCAGCUCCCUGACAGCUGCAGCCCUCUCUGCUGGGGGAGGCUGCAGCAGUGCAGGAGGCUGCAGUCGGACCAGGACUGUUGGUGGGGGAGUCAGCAGUGAGGGCCCAGGCCUCCUCCAGAUCGCCCCGCCUCAGAAUCACGGAGGCCAGGCAUCCCCACUCAACCCAAACCCACCUCACACCACAGAGCCUCCUCACCCUUCCACCCCCACCCCGACGCCCCCACACCAGCAGAUCCCUGAGUACAGCAGCCCCCCCAAACCUGUCACCUGGGCAGGUAACGGCCCCUCCCCCUACAGCCCGGCAGGACGUCAGCAGAAUGGGCGGAGCCACCAGCAGCCUCCAUUACAUCAUCACCAUGCGCCCAACACUCACUUCUGGUCACAGCAUCACAGUACUGCUCCAUACCCACAACCAGUGUUCAACCACCCAGGUCCAGAGUUCUGGUGCUCCAUCUCGUACUUUGAGUUGGACGUUCAGGUCGGUGAGAUGUUUAAGGUCCAGUCCAGCUGUCCUCUGGUGACGGUGGACGGUUACGUGGACCCUUCAGGAGGAGAUCGUUUCUGUCUGGGACAGCUGAGCAACGUCCACCGUACCGCCGCCAGCCACCGCGCCAGGCUGCACAUCGGGCGGGGGGUUACGCUGGAGUGUCAGGGGGAGGGUGACAUCUGGAUGCGUUGCCUUAGUGACCACUCUGUAUUCGUCCAGAGUUUCUACCUGGACCGCGAGGCUGGCCGAGCGCCAGGAGACGGAGUCCAUAAGAUCUAUCCUGGAGCUUAUAUCAAGGUGUUUGACCUGAGGCAGUGUCACAGACAGAUGCAGCAGCAGGCAGCUGCAGUCGUCGGUGCGAUUCCCGGUAGUGUGGGGGGGGUCACCCCUGCUGUCAGUGUGUGCUCAGGUGCAGCAGGUGUGGGCGUGGACGACCUGCGCAGGUUGUGUAUCGUGCGUCUGAGCUUUGUUAAAGGGUGGGGGUGUGACUACCCGCGGCGGAGCAUCAAGGACACCCCCUGCUGGCUGGAGGUUCACCUGCACCGAGCGCUGCAGCUGCUCGACCAGGUGCUGCACACGCUGCCGCCGCGGGAACAGAUGCUGUGA